AUGAACACGAAGAACCUCACUAUACUAUUCACAACACUGAUUGUAGCCAUCAUCGCAAUUCUCGUCUCCAGUUGCCAAAUCGGUUUCGGAAUCUUCGCACCGCCUGAAAUCGCCGGCUCGCGUGAUGUUUUCCCGUCGGCGAAGGUUGUAAACCUCACCGGAGCUUCAGGUCCGGAGAGUGUAGCUUUCGAUCCAGCAGGAGAAGGUCCGUACGUUGGUGUCUCCGACGGUCGGGUCUUGAAAUGGCGCGGAGAAUCGCUUGGGUGGAUUGAUUUCGCUCAUACGUCGACUAAUAGGCAGGAUUGUGUUCGUCCAUUUGCACCAGAGUUGGAGCAURUGUGUGGACGGCCAUURGGAUUGCGGUUCGAUACGAAAACCGGAGAUCUUUAYAUYGCGGWUGCUUACUUUGGCCUUCUUGUUGUUGGUCCUGCUGGUGGUUUAGCCAAACCCUUGGUUACAGAAGCUGAAGGGAUACCGUUUCGUUUCACUAAUGAUUUGGACAUUGAUGAGCAGGAAGAUGUGAUUUACUUCACUGAUACUAGCACCAGAUUCCAGAGAAGGCAAUUCUUGGCUGCUGUUUUGAACGUCGAUAAGACUGGAAGGUUAAUGAAUUAUGACAGAUCGAGCAAGAAAGUGACGGUCUUAUUACAAGGCCUUGCAUUUGCAAACGGCGUUGCGCUAAGCGAAGACCGUUCUUUAGUAUUGGUAGCCGAAACAACCACUUGUAAGAUCCUCAGGCUUUGGCUCUCUGGUCCAARCGCAGGAACCCAAGACGUGUUUGCUCAGCUUCCGGGUUUCCCUGACAACAUAAGAAAAAACUCGAAUGGAGAAUUCUGGGUCGCUUUACACUCAAAGAAAGGUCUUUUCGCGAAACUCUCGCUCACUCAGACAUGGUUCAGAGAUUUGGUGCUUAGACUUCCAAUYAGUGGCCCGCGUCUGCACUCGGUGUUCAYCGGUGGAAGACCUCAUGCAACAGCCAUGAAGCUGAGUGAAUCAGGAGAGGUUUURGAGGUGCUCGAGGAUAAAGAAGGAAAGAGAUUGAGGUUUAUAAGUGAAGUGGAGGAGAAAGAUGGUAAGCUCUGGAUUGGCUCUGUUCUCAUGCCUUUUCUUGGUGUUUAUGAUUUGUAG